AUGACGCAUCUAAGUCCCGCCGUGUUGCUCGUCUGGACCGUGCUCUCUGCUCUGCUCGGCGUAUUCCUGAUCAGCCAUCUCUGGGCUUUUGACCGCUUCAAGUGCCUGCGAUGGAAUCAAGGCUCUCAAGGCGCUUUCAAGCGCGUCAUGACAUAUUCGUAUACAGCGAGUAUACCGCUAAUAUUCAUAUACUCCCUGGGAUUCUGCGCGCUCAAGUACCAGGAGGGACUGAUUGAACUCCCUGUCUACGGUGUCAUUCCCAACCCGUACCAGUUGUGGACACCCUUCCACAGGACAUGCAUUCUGCCAUUGAACAUCAUUUUCUCGAUUGCAUGGUCUUUAGAGAUUGUUUCGCACUUGGAAGAACUCAUGUUCUGGAUGUACAUCGUCAACUCCGGACCUUCUCAUAGCGAGUGGUUCAACUCGACCUACUUCAAGACUUGGGCGGCCGGAUCUGUAUCAGCGCUGCUGUACAUGCCGCUUGCUGCUAUCUUUACUCGAGAGAAUCCCCUUCGGAAUGAGGCUGUCAUCUUCUUUUCUGGCGGGAUUGGCAGCGCGAUCAUCACCAUCGGCUUUUUCCCCGUACUGUACAGGUUCCCGUCAUUCUUGCGAGGGCUGAGAAAGGACGGCGUGGACAUGUCCACGGUCGUGCGGUUGACUAAAUUCCAUGAGCUCAAUACCUUCCGUGUCUUUUUCCGCUGUCUAUUCGUCGUACCCUUGUUCAUCCUAGCCUGCGACGGUCUGCGCCCGCAUCAGCACGUGAACGAGAACAUGUUCGCAACUGACUUCCUCGCUAUCAUCGCCGCCGUAGGCCUCGUCGUGUCCAGCGGCAUCACACUCACUAUCUUCUUCCCUCGCUCAAUUGAACUAGAGAUCGAACGCGAAACAUCACACAAUCGGGGCAUCUUCAGCACCCGCGGUGGCCGUAAUCUGACCUUCAUCUCUCAGGAGCAGGAGAUGUAUGGGACGUACAUCUCCGGCGCAAGAGGUGUACCAGGAGAGGAUGAUAAGGACGACGAGGCGAUGUCGCUCGCAGAGAGCAUCGCCGCUGCACCUUCGGCACAAUGGAAGCUGCAAAGACCCGAAAUCGCGCUAUCGAGCUCGCCAGCACCCUCACCACCGCCCACAUCCCUGUACUCCGGCACGUUCAGCCAAGGAGGUCAAUGGCAACCUUUCAAGCUUGAGCCUAAUCGCCGCGCGCCUGACGACAUGUAUGGACCGGCUGGCGCGUCAGACGUCGAGAAUGGAUACCAAAAUCUUCGUUCUCAGACGACUGGAGCAGGGACGGGAACCGCGCUCACAUACGGCAACCUUGAGAGGCACAACAAGCGCAAACCCCGGAUGACGCAGAUGUCCCACUUUGUGCAGUCCUUCCGUUCGCCGAUAGAUUUCCGACGUCAAGUAUAA